GCCGGAUCAGGCCCUACCGCCGUCUCGCCGCCUUUGCAGGCGCAAGCGUCCGCGCCGCAUUAGCUUUCAAGGCAGGCCCAGCGUCCGCGGCCCCCGCCGGGUCGACGGCCGUGAGCGAGGAGCGUUGCCAGUUGAUGCAGUCGACGGGGGAGUUUGCGGAGCGCUCGUGGCAGAGCAAGGGGCGCUUUAUCGCCGGGGACCGCGCCUAG